AUGGAAUCCCUGACUUUACGCCCUGAACCCCCCGAUGCCUUUCGCAUCAAGCGCAAGCCCGUCUCCAACCCCAACUUGCGGGCGACUGUCGAUCUCCCAUCUCCCAACACAAGCUCGCUAGCACUGCCACGUUCAUUAUCCAGACCUCCGUCAUACAAUGAUCUAUUCGGUCCGGCACACACAGACUGCCCUGCUACACCCCAAAGGCCCCGAACAGCUGGUGCGACAUCAUCAUCGACCUCCUUAACAUCACAAACACCGCCACCGCCACCGCCACCGCUACCAACCCCGAUUCAAAAGGCGUAUGGAGAAGCUCGGCACUUUCUCGGAGGCUUGAUCAGUCACCCGGCAGAGUCAAACAAGCAUUACACCUUAUUGCGCCAUGGAUUCCCAAUCGUCUUCUAUCGCGGAAAUGCCACGUCGGUCGCGGUGUCUAUCUUCUCCGACAGCCACUUGCCGGUCGAUCGGACUCUUUGGUUGCAGAGUAGAGGCUGGUCCGGAACAACUGGAAUGCGAACUAAAGCCUUAUUUCGAUUAAACGACAGUUGGCUUGAUGUCACACCGGGCAUGCCAGUACGAGCCGACCAGGUGAACCCGGAUGAUGAACGGGCUUGGCAGCGCGAUAUCAAGAAGUUUCGCAAGAAGGCCCCCCCCACGUCCCCGGGAUACGCAUUAUUUGCGCGAGACCGCUGUCUCUUUCGUGUUCUUUCGACCUCGGCCAGCCCUCACUCUAUUCGCGGUGCUAGCCUUAGUACAAUGCCCCUUGAAGUUGGCGCAAUGGUGGUCGGUUUAUAUGCAAAAACCGCCGCAAGAACUGCAGCUGCCCCCGCUUCUGCGGCGCUUGCUACCAGAGUCGAUCGGUAUCGCCCGACCUGGAUCAAACAGGCCGCAGUACAAAAGGCAUAUACCGCAAGUGGCGUUGAAACACGCGUCGCGGGACUGUUCAACUCUUCUGCUGGCCCUGGUCAAGCUGUCGCCGUCGAUGAAAGUGUUUCCCCAGUCGCAUAUCAACCCCCCGUAGGGGAUGGUCCACAGGCACCAUUCCCAAUGACCUUUAAAGCUCGAAGCCAACUUGACAACUCCUUACCUUUCAAUAGUCCCACAGAUACUCCAAAGCUGAUCGUCACAAACACUCCCGACUGGGUAACUGAGCAGCUUCGUGGGUAUUUUUUUGGCUGGGCAAGGUUCGAAGCAAGUAGUGAGAAACAUCCCUCAUCAAGUUCUUGGUCCCCCAUGAUUUUGGCCGUUCGAACUUUGGAUCCACUUCACGCUGCUCGCAUCAAUAUCUCACAAAUUUCGAAACAUGUUGUGACAUUGCGUCUAUUGGACGAAGUACCACUACAGACAAGCAAGGUUCAAAUUAGGGUGUUGGGGUUCCUCCGUGUCGAGGUUCCGCAUCCCAGGGGCAGCACCAGUCAAGAACUUGCAGACGCACAGGCUGCGGCUGGAGAAGCAGCCAUCCUAGCCGAUGCAUAUGAUGCUGAUAUAGUGCAUAAUACCCUGACGUAUCCGGGUUGGUCACCUGAAACACUCAGUGCACUCGAGAUCCAGAAGCAACAAUCGAACUGGGUUGAUCGAACCAUGGAAGGAUACACAACUAUGCGAGCUAAAGGGCAGAAAUGGGUCGAUCAAGUGCCUUUGCAUAAACUUGGGGUUCGUUCAGCGACCGAUGAAUGGCGGGAGAGACAAGUGGCUGUCAAUGGAUUUUGGAUUGUUCGAUAA